UCAGCAUCACCAACCAAAAAAAGGGGGGGGGGAGGAGCAGCUGCUGCUGCUGCUGCUGUGUUCCGAAGCCACCUCAGGAGAAGGGAAAAUGGAUUCAGCUCGCCCAUCCCUCGCCUUGCAACACCUUCCCUUGGUUUGGACAUGGAUUUCCAAAGGAGCAGAUGUGGGGAUGUUGAAUAAUGUCACACAUUAAGUGUUGAGACAAAUUGGAUGGAAAGAAAUCAAAAAUGGCCGUUCCUAUUUGAAAAAGAUUUCUCACGCACAGAAUCACAGUAGCCAACAGCUAUGUCAAAAAAAGGACGCAGCAAGGCUGAAAAGCCUGAGGCACUUAUUAUGUCCUUACAAGCUGCCAAUGAAGAUCUCAGGACCAAACUAACAGAUAUUCAAAUUGAGCUUCAUCAGGAGAAAUCUAAGGUAAAUAGACUUGAAAGGGAGAAAACCCAAGAAACAAAGCGGAUCCGGGAGCUGGAGCAGCGCAAGCAGACAGUGCAGAUCACCGAACUAAAAGCCAAGCUUCACGAGGAGAAGAUGAAGGAAUUACAAGCUGUGAGGGAAAAUCUGAUCAAACAGCAUGAACAGGAAAUGGCACGGACAAUGAAAAUUAGAGACAGUGAAAUCCAGAGGCUUAAAUCGGCACUGUACGCCUUGCGGGAAGGGAGCAGCGACAAAGUACGGACAGCAUUGACUAUUGAGGCCCGUGAAGAGGCCAGGAAACAAUUUGAUUCUGAGCGCCUUAAGCUUUUGCAGGAAAUCACUGAACUGAAGUCUGCCAAAAAACAGGUGGACGAAGCUCUGAACAACAUGAUCCAGGCUGAUAAGAUCAAAGCCGGUGAUCUUCGAAGUGAGCACCAGUCCCAUCAGGAAGCUAUCUCUAAGUUCAAAUGGGAGAGCGAAAGGGAUAUCCGCAGGCUGAUGGAUGAGAUCAAAGCAAAAGACAGAAUAAUCUUUUCCUUGGAGAAAGAGCUGGAGACCCAGACUGGAUACGUUCAGAAGCUUCAGUUGCAGAAAGAGGCUUUGGAUGAGCAACUCUUCUUAGUAAAAGAAGCUGAAUGUAACAUGAGCAGUCCCAAAAGAGAAAUCCCGGGCAGAGCAGGAGAUGGCUCUGAGCACUGCAGCAGUCCCGAUCUACGCAGAAACCAGAAGAGAAUGGCAGAGCUCAAUGCUACUAUACGGAAACUCGAAGAUAGGAAUACACUGCUUGUAGAUGAACGGAACGAACUGUUGAAACGUGUUCGAGAAGCUGAAAAACAAUGCAAACCUCUCCUGGAAAGAAAUAAGUGCCUCUCCAAGAGAAAUGAUGAGCUCAUGCAGUCAUUACAACGCAUGGAGGACAAGCUCAAAGCAAUCACCAAGGAGAAUUUAGAAAUGAAAGAAAAAAUGACAGCACAUCCUCCUCUGAAGAAAUUAAAAUCUCUCAAUGACCUGGAUCAAGCUAACGAAGAGCAAGAAACUGAAUUUUUGAAACUUCAGGUUAUAGAACAACAGAAUAUAAUUGAUGAGUUGACACGGGACCGAGAGAAACUUAUUCGGCGCAGGAAGCAUAAAAGAAAACCAAUUAAGAGGCAUAUAUUAGACACAGUUUAUGGGGGUGAUGAUGACUCCAUGGACUCUGAAACCUCAUCCAUGGCUUCAUUCAGGACAGACAGAACACCAGCAACUCCAGAUGAAGACCUGGAUGAAAGUUUAGCAGCUGAAGAAUCAGAGCUGCGAUUUCGGCAAUUAACUAAGGAGUACCAGGCCCUGCAGCGAGCAUACGCCUUACUGCAGGAACAAACCGGAGGGCUCAUAGAUGCUGAACGAGAAGCCAAGGCACAGGAGCAGCUCCAAGCUGAAGUCCAGAGGUAUAAAGCUAAAAUAGAAGAUCUGGAAAAAACCUUGGCCCAGAGAGGACAGGACUCCCACUGGGUAGAGGAUAAGCAACUUUUUAUCAAGAGGAAUCAGGAGCUUUUGGAUAAGAUUGAAAAAUUGGAAGCAGACAACAGUCGGUUGCAACAAGAGCUACAGGAUGCCAGAGAUCAGAAUGAGCUGUUGGAAUUCCGAAAUCUAGAACUUGAAGAAAGAGAAAGAAGGUCUCCACCAUUUAAUCUUCAGAUCCACCCAUUCUCUGAUGGUGUAAGCGCUCUUCAGAUCUACUGCAUGAAAGAAGGUGUCAAGGAUGUUAGUAUUCCAGACCUCAUAAAGCAGUUGGACAUCUUGGGUGACAAUGGGAAUUUAAGAAAUGAAGAGCAAGUAGCCAUAAUCCAAGCAAGCACUGUAUUAUCCCUGGCAGAAAAGUGGAUACAGCAGAUUGAAGGGGCUGAAGCAGCUCUGCACCAGAAGAUGAUGGAACUGGAGAGUGACAUGGAGCAGUUUUGUAAAAUAAAAGGUUACCUAGAAGAAGAGCUGGACUACAGAAAACAAGCUCUUGACCAAGCCUACAUGAGAAUCCAGGAGCUUGAAGCUACUUUGUACAAUGCCUUGCAGCAAGAAACAGUGAUAAAGUUUGGAGAAUUGCUAAGUGAGAAACAGCAGGAAGAACUGAGAACUGCUGUAGAAAAACUAAGAAGACAGAUGCUGAGAAAAAGCAGAGAAUAUGACUGUCAGAUCCUACAGGAGAGGAUGGAGUUGCUUCAGCAAGCACAUCAGAGGAUCCGAGAUUUAGAAGAUAAAACUGACAUCCAGAAGAGACAGAUCAAGGAUUUAGAAGAAAAGUUUCUCUUUCUGUUCUUGUUCUUCUCUCUUGCCUUUAUUCUUUGGCCUUGAUGUCAUUGUGCCUCUUGGGAAGAGUGACUGAAACACACAGAGAAGUCCUCAAAAGGGCAGAUGCUUCCAAACCCAUGAAGGAGAGAACACUGUUUACAACCACUUCAAAACAAAGCAACACUCUGUAGUCAAGACCACACCCACCAUGUAGUUCAAAGCCAUUAUUCAAGAUUUGUCACCUGACAGUUCCUGUCUAAAGCUACAAUAUAUGCUGCACUUAAUGAAAUUCUAAAAGAGGGCAAAGAAUAUCCCAUCAGUGUAUAUCACUAGAAUUCAAUUUUUAGCUAAAGGAAAAGCAAGAAACCACAUUCAGCAGAUUGAAUGAAGGUAUGUCAGGCAAGGAACCAAAGUUACUAUGAACAGUCUAUCCCUGCUGUGCAGGGGGAUUAUUUUAAACAUAACACCAACUUCCCAUGAAAGUCUUCAAUAAUGAAGGGAAGAGAGCAAAGGAAAUGUACUGCGAACUCUAAGGGGACAAUAAAACAGUCAAUUUGGAAAGUCUGGCUUUCUUAAUACAGGGACUCUUUUUCUUUCUGAUUUUAAACUCAGGAACAAUGACAGCUGCAAUGUGAACAAAAUGGGAGAAAAUGUACUCUGUUUUUGUUUUGUAAUGGGUAAAAUAUGUCAAUGGAGUAGAUACCAUUUGAACAUGACCUUGCUGCUGUCUCCAGGAGCAAGGAAAGGACGAAUGUGAAGAAUGAACAUGGUGAGAACGGCUGACAGUGCUCUUGAAGAUUCCUAACAAUGCUGUAGUCUUAUCUGUCAUCAGGAUUCUUUCACAGAGGACAGCGAGAUAGACAUGUUUGUUACAUCAAAUGAAGAACCCUGCAAGAACUCAACUUUCAUUCCCCUAACCAUUUAAUGUAUCUUUAGUAACUGGAAAUAAAGUGGAAAUGUCACCUGACUCCAAAAUGGUUAUGUCAGAGAGGAAGUCAACACCUGUUAAUCAGACCUCAGCUUCCAGAAGAGUUUCUGCCUCAGUUCACCUAUUAAUGUACAAGUGAAAUGCUUAUAAACAAUUUGUUUCCCCAUGCCAUGGUCACUUUCUAGUCAGCUGCAUGAACCAAAAUCAGGCUCUGGCUGCUGCACUAACACAUAAAGGCAUAUGGAGGUGUUAAAUGUAGCCUCCAGUUCAUAAUUAAGGUUUGGCAUUUAUCUCCCAGUUUACAGUACACUUCUCUCAAUUUUAUUAGAUUUUCUUUGGGAAAUGGCCUUUGCUCAUAGAGCUUACCUUUUAGAGUCAUUGGUUUGUACGCUGUGUACCAUCAAUUUGCAUGGAGACUAACAUCAUCUCUUUGUUAAAGGCAGCAGCAGAGCCUGCUUCUGUUUAUUAGCUCAACCUGGGUUCUGUUCCUUGUUGGCCCCAUAGAACCUGCUCUUCCAUUUCACUGAUUUAGGACUCUUCCUCUCCCCUUGUGACUCUUCCUUGCCAUGUGGUUAGAAGGAGUAUGUUUCUUACCUGUGCCCUCACACAGUUUAAAUACAUUCAAGAAAUUUAAAUAAAGCAAGUCCAGCA